GAUGGGCGUGCGAUCAUCGUCGAGAUGGCUGCGAGGGCUGAAGGCCCAGCGCAGUCUCCUCGCAGUGUUGCAUCCGAAGAUGAGGACUACAACUGGGAAGGCUACUUGGAGCGCCCGACCGACGGCGGCGACUUCGAAAAGGUCUUUGUCGAGAUUCGUUCAGGGAAGCUCCGUGUCCUUCGCAGCCGAACCUCGCAGAGCUUGCUGAAUGAGUAUUCGCUCAGCGCCCUUGCCGAGCCGGCCACCCUCCUCAAAAGCUGCCCGAGAUCCUUUCAGGUCAGGCUGCCAGAGGCCGCACGUUUCCGCUGCGUCUCGGAGCGUCGGGCUUCGCAGUGGGUCGAG